CGAAAUCCGCGACUGCGACGUCGAAAGAUUGUUUAGGGCCUGAAGCUGGCUGGGCUAGCUGACGAAGCACGAAGCACACUCGCAACUCCACCACAACCUUCAACAACAGACACUGAUCUACUACGAGACCAACUAUGUUGUGCGCAAUUUCCGGCGAAGCGCCACAGGACCCUGUGGUCUCGACGAAAUCAGGCAACGUCUUCUCCCGCGCCCUCAUCGAAUCCCACAUCUCCACCCACGGCACCGACCCAAUCACCUCGGAGCCCCUCACCGUAGACGACCUCAUCCCCAUCAAGACCUCCCGCAUCGCCCCCCCCCGGCCUCCAACCCACACCUCCAUCCCCGCCCUCCUCUCAACCUUCCAAUCCGAAUGGGACGCCCUCGCCCUCGACUCCUUCACCCUCCGCCAGCAACUCGCGCAGACCCGCCAGGAACUCUCAACAGCGCUCUACCACCACGACGCCGCCGUCCGCGUCGUCGCACGCCUCACCCGCGAACGCGACGAGGCCCGCGAGGCUCUCUCGAAUGUCGGAAUUGCGCCCUCCGGUGCAGGCGACGCGAUGCAAAUUGAUAACGCCGGACUCCCGUCCGAAAUCGUCGAGCGUGUUGAGGAGGCACAGGGUCGUCUGUCGAAGGGGCGCAGGAAGCGCGCUGUCCCAGCGGCAUGGGCUACCCGCGCAGACAUCGCGGCGUAUGAAGUCGUAGCAAAGGCCGAGGCCGGCGAUGCGGCUUUCGUGGAUGUGAAUGCCGCAGGGACGCAGGCGCUCGUGGGAGGCAGCGACGGGGCAGCUGUCGUGGAUGUUCAGACCGGGGCGGUGGCAGAGACGCUAGCGAAGGGCGAAUCUGUCGCGGCUGGUGCAUGGGCCGGCGAAAAGGCCGUGCUGCUUGUUAAGGCUGGAAAAGGUGGCGUGGUGAAGGUGUUUGAGGGUGCAAAGGAGGUUGGGGCCAUCGCGGCGCAUGCGGGGCCUGUGAAUGGCGUUGCGGUGCAUCCGACGGGCGAUGUUGUCGCGUCGGUUGGCAAGGAUAAGAGUUUUGUUGUGUAUGACCUUGAGAGUACGAAGGCGGUCGCGCAGGUCUAUACUGAGAAUGAACUCACAGCUUGCGCCUUCCACCCAGACGGCCACCUCCUCGCCGUUGCCCACCAAGGCACCCUCAGCAUGUACCACACUACCACUCUCACCUUCGCCGCCUCCUUCCCCCUCCCAUCUCCCGCGCCUAUUUCCGCUAUCUCUUUCAACCAAAACGGCAUCUGGGUCGCCGCCGCCACCGCGUCCGGCGUUACUGUCUUUGACCUUCGCAAGGAGGGCGCUGAGGCCGUCGUUAAGGAGUUUGAGGGAAGUGGUAUUAGUGGCGUGCAGUGGGAUUACUCGGGACAGUUUUUGGGAUUCGUGGGCAAGGAAGGCGUUGUGGUGCAGGCGUGGUUGAAGAAGGAAAAGAGGUGGGAAGAGGGGCUGAGGAGUGCAGUCAGGGGGAGUGCGGUGGGUUGGGGAGCAAAGGGGAGGAGGGUGUUGGUUGUUGGAGGGGAGGGAGUCAGUGUUUUGGGCGCAAAGGAGUGAGUGUUUACCGAGAUAGGGGUUGUGAAGACGGUGUAAUUGAGACGCUUGUACGAGUACCAAGCAGACUGGACUGAAGAGGCGGCAAGGCACGGCGUAUAUGCUUUUUUCCCUUUGUAUACUGGCGGUUCCGGAAAUGGAUAGGCGGACAUGUGUAGCAAUACAAACGAAUCUUGUGGAGUGAAAUACAAAAAGGCGUUCGUCUUCGUUUUUACUAUCACCUUCAUACUGAGAAUGUUGCAAUCAACACAACUGAUGCAGAGG